AAUUCGUCAGGGAGAGCAGUCUGCUUGUAUGUGUUGUCUAGGAAAUGCAGCCCCAGUGACAGGAUUUUUCACAGGCAGAAGGAAACAGGGACACGAAUUCCAAAAUCCCUUUUUAAAGAAAUCUCCAGUGAAGGCCGUGCACUGCUCUUUUCCCCUUUGCAUGUAAGCUGCGGAUGUUGGUAUCCCUGUGCUCAUGAGCCUGCUCGGUGGCUACAAGAAAAAGACUGGUUAUGAUGGUUAUGAAUCUUUACAGCUGGUCGACAGCAGCGGUGACUUCAAUAACGGGGAGAGAGCCGGCAACACACAGGACAAGAGCUCGACGGAAGCACAGCUAGCAGCUAAAGGAGGCCCAGCCAGACAGGAGGACUGCAGUACCAUGGACAGCUCAGGGGCUUCAUCUCCAGAUAUGGAGGCCAGCUCUGGGGGUGGGCUGCUGGACAUUGUGAAAGGAGGGGCGGGGAGACUGUUCAGCAACCUGAAGGACAACCUGAAAGACACCUUGAAGGAUACCUCUUCCAAAGUGAUGCAUUCUGUAGCAAGUUACACAAAGGGAGAACUGGACAUUUCUUAUAUCACCUCACGGAUUAUAGUGAUGUCAUACCCUGCCGAGGCUGUGGAGAUUGGAUACAGGAACCAUAUUGAAGAUGUCCGAUCGUUCCUAGACUCCAGGCACAUGGAUCACUACACAGUCUUCAAUCUGUCACAGAAACUGUACCGCAGUGCCAAGUUUCACAACAGGGUGUCCGAGUGCAGCUGGCCCUCCAGACAAGCCCCCAGUUUACACAACCUGUUUGCUGUGUGUAAGAAUAUGCACAAUUUUUUACAACAGAACCCCAAGAACGUCUGCGUCAUUCACUGCAUGUCUAAGGAUGGCCGAGCUCCCUCAGGCGUUCUGGUCUGUGCAAUGUUCUGCUUCUGUCACCUCUUCAACAAUCCACUUCCUGCUAUUCAGUUACUGAACUCCAAGAGACCCGGCUCUGGGCUUUGGCCUUCACACAGGAGGUACAUAGAUUAUGUAUGCAGUAUGGUGUCUGAGAAACCCACGCUGCCUCACUGCAAGGCUCUCAUUAUAAAGUCAGUCACUAUGAGCCCUGUCCCUAGCUUCAACAAACAGCACACUGGUUGUCGACCUUUCUGUGACAUCCUCAUUGGGGAAACAAAGAUAUUCUCAACAGCACAGGAGUAUGAGAGAAUGAGGGAGCACAGAGUCCUGGAAGGGAAGGUGAUGAUUCCUCUGGGGGUCAGUGUGCAUGGGGAUGUGGUUGUUUCAGUCUUUCACAUGAGAUCCACUAUUGGAGGAAGACUUCAGGCCAAGUUGACAAACACACAGAUGUUCCAGAUACAGUUUCAUACUGGAUUCAUUGCUCCUGGAACGACAGUACUAAAGUUUACAAAGCCCGAGCUGGAUGCCUGUGAUUCCCCGGAUAAGUACCCUCAGCUCUUCCACGUGGUGCUGGAGAUUGAGGUGGAGGCUGCUGAUAAGCAAAUGGACCUGACCUCCCCCUGGGAGCACUUCCCCACCAAGGAUCUCAGUCCCAACAUCCUCUUCUCCUGCCACCAGGAGCACCAGGACGCGCUGGCGGUAGGAGAUCCCAGCAAGGGCCACCCCAGCACUGAAGACAAAGCGGCGCUGGUGCAUGAAGACAGCGAACCCUCUGACGAUGAGCUCCUGUCUCUCUCAGGCCAGCAGAGCAACACCAGCAACGAGAAGCAGCCUCCGCAGCAGCAGCAGCAGCAGCAGGGCACACCGAAGAGCAGCAAGAGGCAGGAGGCCCAGCCCACUCCCGCGGCCGCACCCCCACCACCGCCCGCUGAAGACGUGGACCUCCUGGGUCUGGAUGGGGGUCUGGGGGACAAGGCCUUCACCGGACAGCCGCAGCCGCCCCCCACCAACGCGGACCUGUUGAGCGACCUGUUUGGAGCGAGCACCCCAGCCUCGCCCUCCCACAGGCCUCAGCCAGACAGCAAGCCUGCAUCCGCUCAGUCCACCCCCAGGAAGGCAGCCCCAUCCUCGUCCCCCUGCCCCUCACCAGGUGAAGCUUUUGAUGCAUUUGGAUCCGGACCUAACCCGGCUGGGCAGGAGUUUCUGGGAUCGUUUCUCGGGCCAGGUAAUGCUGGAAAGAGUGACCCUUUCCUGCAUGUGACCCGGUCCCCCUCCCCCACAGCAAAGAGCACAGGCAGCGACCCCUUUCACAUGUGUAGGACCUCCCCUGUUCCUCCCACAACCCCAACAGUGAAUAUCCAGCAACCGAACCUGAUGGGAGGCUGGGAAUGGAGCAAACCCGUGCCAGCAGGGGGAUUUGGAAUGGGAAGCAAAUCUGCAUGCACCAGUCCUACAGGGUCUGUCCACAGCACACCUACCCACCAAUCCAAACCACAGACCCUGGACCCCUUCGCUGACAUCGGGGCCCUUGGGGCCAAUUUAGGAGGUGGCUCAGGAUUCUCCAGCAAGCCCACCACUCCCACUGGGACAGGAGGAGCAUUUCCGCCAAUGGGAUCACCACAGAAGCCGUCUCCCCAGCACACAGCGGGAGCGUCCUGGCAGCAGAACACUGGUUACUCCUGGCAACAGGGGGGGUCAUCAUGGCAACCCCAGCAGGGUAAACCGGCCCCGGCGCCCAUGCCCCACUCCUCUCCACAGAACAGGCCCAACUACAAUGUGAGCUUCAGCGGUGUGGCUGGCGCCCCCAACGCCAGCGGGAAAUCACCGGCCAGUUUCGGAACAAAGCCAAAAAUGCAACACGCUAACUUUGAUGACCUGCUGUCUAGCCAAGGAUUUUCUUCUGCCAAGGACAAGAAAGGGCCCCGGACAAUAGCAGAGAUGAGAAAGGAGGAAAUGGCCAAAGAAAUGGACCCAGAGAGGCUAAAGCUCCUUGAGUGGAUCGAGGGGAAGGAGAGGAAUAUCCGAGCCCUGCUGUCCACCAUGCACACUGUGCUGUGGGAGGGGGAGACCAAGUGGAAACAAGUGGGCAUGGCAGACCUGGUCACCCCCGAGCAAGUGAAGAAGGUCUAUCGCAAAGCGGUGCUCGUGGUCCACCCAGAUAAAGCUACUGGACAGCCGUAUGAACAAUAUGCCAAGAUGAUUUUUAUUGAAUUAAAUGACGCUUGGUCAGAAUUUGAAAGCCAAGGACUGAAACCACUGUAUUAAAAUGCUAGGAAGUACAAGCCCCAGUCAAUAUUUUAUCCUUCAGAGCUGUGCUGUGGAUUUUUGUUUUGUUGUCACUGUGAUGUAUUUUUUCCAUAGAGAGUUUAAUAUACCAGGUUAGUUGUUUAGAUGUGAAAAUCAGACUCGCCUAUUUAACUGGUGCACGCUGUCAAAUGGGGGAAGAUAAAGUUGUCUUGUACAGAACUUUCUUGACUGGAACUUAAAUCAAUACUUUGUUAAAACAACGUUAUCCUUUACGGAUGAGACAUAUUAUUAUUAUUAUUAAUAAUAAUAAUAAUAAUAAUAAUAAUAAUAAUAAUAAUAAUAAUAAUAAUAAUAAUAAUGUCUUAGUUUAUCAGACACAAACCUUGCAUUUUACAAACUAUUCAGACCGGUUUGAUCAUGGUCUGCUGAAAAGUAAUUUCAGACCGCUUUCAACUUGGUCCCAGUGGCUAAUGGAAACAAGGCAUGGGAUUUGGGAUUUGGGAUUUGACUUUGCUUAGGCAGGACUGAUUUGGAUCAUAGUAAAUCCUGGAACAGCUUAUCCCAUUAAUUACUCAAAUAUUUUUUCUUUGAAAAAAAAUCAGAACACAAGCUGUAUUUAUGUCAUUUGACACAUUCUAAAUCAAUAUGCUACCAUUCCAUUUGGACAUGACUUUUGCGGUUAACAAAAUGAGAGUAAAUUAUCAUAACAAUAUAAUUAAAGAUUAAAUUAAAACAAUAGGUAGAUGACAGUUUAAAAUGUUCAAAUUACAAAGUAGCCUGUCCUCAAAUGAGGGCAAUGGUACUUAAUGGGUUCAAUCGCUCACUAGGAAACUGGAAUGUUGUCUUUUUAUAGUUCCUGUCCUCAGAACUCCGGGGUACAUUUUGAAAUCUGAAUUUGGCAGAAGUGUUUGGCAGCCUUUUUCCAUUUCGUGAACUGCACAACAGACUGAAAUUUUCCUAGUUUCCGUACACUUUUCAGAUACAUAGAUUGAUCCAACUGAACUGGGUUGUGCCGUGCAUGUUAAAAAAUCUACGUUUGUCUCAUCCAUAGAGGACCACUCUUUGUGUGUGUUUUUGUUUUGUUUUACCAGAAACGCAGCUAGCUUGUUUUAAUAAAACCAGUAUAUACCUUUAAAUAACUCAGAUUGAGAUGUACUGUAUUUAUGAGAAGCCGUUUACAGAAGUUUAUUUUUAAAUUGCAUUCAGAAUAACUUGCAAUACAAACCCUGCAAUUAAACAUAACAUACAACAAAAAUGAAAGAAAACUAAUAGAAAUGUUUCUAUCAAUACUAUUAUUGAGAGAGCAAAGCUAACAGUAAGGAAAGUGAACAUUAGAAGGAGGAUGUUUUUCAAUGAAAUAUAUGUAAUAUGCAAUGCAGUCCACCUUUUCAUUGAUCUAAUUUGUGGGAGAGUACAGGAAAUGAUUGAACAGCAGUUAAGCUUAGCACAUGUUUUACACCAAUACACUCCAGGAAAGAAAUCCUCGUUUUGCAAUUAAACAUACCUUCUGAAAUUAAAUCAAAACUCUUAAUACAGCAUUGUUUCUUGUUUUCAAAAAUAACUGAUCUACAUGUUCACAAUCGGCACAUGGUAUCCACAACCGGACCAGUUUAAAUGGAUUUUAUCUGGGAAAUCGUAUUGGCACAAUCUGAUGUGCUUGGAAUAUAUAUUGAAUCUCACCCCAUUAUUGUAACAAUGAAAAUAUUCAUUUAAAACAGUAGUUACAUGCAUGCACUGUUCAGUCCAGGAGUGUAAUACUGUUAAAGCAUUUCAGCAAAAGGGUGUAGUGUGAGUUGUGUCAUUGCAUUUAACCCAAAGCAGUUCUGAUCCACAGCACUAGAGAGUGCUACUGUUUGCACUUGCACUGUAACUUCAUUUGCAUGAAUUUGACAUUAACUACUACCUUCCAAAAUGCUCUGGUCCCACUACAGUCCUAAUAUGUGUUGGGAGUACUAAGGUAUUUAGAAAGGGACACAGAGUUUUUGUGGGUGUAGAUCAUCUGUUGCAAGGUUUCCUACCGUGAAGUUUUUGUAUCUGUUCUAUAAACCUUAGUGUAUACCAGACUGCUUGUCUGUCAAUACCUGUAUGAAGAUCUGAAGAUGUGAAAGGGAUCAUAUGUUUUAUAUUAUGUUCGUUCUUUUGGUGUUCUCUCAGCAAAUGAGAAGUUUCACUGUUUUUGUAAUAUAUUUUAUAAAACAAUGCACACUUUAUUCACGAAAAGUUAUAAUUUAUUGUAAACAAAUAUAAUUAUUUAAGAAAUAUAAUUAUUAAUUUCUUUCUUUUAAAAAAAACAGGAAUUUUUAGUAUUUAUGAAAAUAUUUUCGCUUAUGGUUGGGAUUUUAAGUCAAACAAAACAGAGUAUUCAGCUAACUGAUACUUGUUGGAUAUAGUUGAUAGUUAUAGUUGGGUGCAAAAUGAGGUUUCCUUAAUGGCUGUGAGAAGAAGUCACGCGUUAACUAAUAGAAAAGUAUUCUAGAAUGUUGAAUUGAAGACUCUGUCCUGUUUGUCCUAUUAUGGCACCAAAUCCUGUGAAGUGUCUUCAUCUUCCAUGGAGUCUAUUUUAAUGAACUAAACAGCAGGGGAUCUGAAUAGCACCACUCUUAUAUUAAUCCAGCUGGGUUGUGUAACGGGCAGUGCUGUGUGACGCAGUGCUGUGUGAUACACUGUCGUGACGGAUCGUGUCCCCGGUCGGUGAAAUGAGAUGAGGUUAAAAGCUCUAAACCUUCGAAUGCAGACGAGCACUGUGGUUAAGACGCUUGCUUGCAGUGCUAGGGGGUGCCAGUUCAUGCCCAGCCUCUGCCCUGUUACAGCAGUUUAUUCACCCCCGUAAUGACAUUACUACAUACCCUAAAAAUCCUGUGAAAGGAGGUUGAAAAGCCAGGUUUAUAAAUGUUCCCUUUGCAAUAAAAGUUUACCACAGUAUCUACUGUGCAUUUAACAUCGCUAACCCUGGUGUUCCAUGUUUAUUAAUAUGCUUUACCAUACCUCAUUAGUCUUUACAGUGCUUACCAAUGCUUUAUUACACUUUGCUAUGCUUUUAUUAUGGUAUGUGUAUAGGGAUUAGGGUGGCGGUAUUAAGAUCUGUCACUGUUUAGAUUAAUAAAAUACCCCCCCCCCCCUUGACAUAUAACCUGUGGAAAUAUCAUGUUGUACUUUAUAAAUGAAACGCUUCUUUUGUUUGUUCAUUUGCACCAUUGUGAAAACCACUAAUUUGUAACAAUAACAUUCCUGGGUUUGGCAAGACCUACCAUGGCCUGAAUUCAAUACAAAAUGAGUAACAGGGCUGUUUUAAAUAUAGCAGUGCUGCUGCACCAUUCAAUAGCAUGUCUCCCCUGUGAAAAUAUAGCAGUGUGCUGGACCAUUCAUUAGCGUGUCUCUCUAGUGAAAAUAUAGCAGUGCUGCUGCACCAUUCAAUAGUGUAACACAGCACAGAAUAUCUCAGUGACCAGUGGUCUUGUGUUAGCAAGCAUCUGCACAGUUAAAACAACACCUGUAAGAGCUUAUCUUCCUGCCCCUCUUUAAGACUGGUCUAUUUUCAAAUGUCCAACUGUGUGAGAAGGUGGUGAGUUUUUGAUACAAUAUGUUUUUGUUCAUCUGCUGUAAAAGUAUUACUGAAUUGUGAAUUAUGUUUUUGUGAGUUGUUGGUUAUGUUACUGCCCAUUGCAACCUGUACAUACAGUUGUGUGCAGUGCACAAACACAAAAUAAAAAAAAAUACAAAAAACAAA